AUGGACAUCCCACAGAAAGAGUUUGAAAUGAAAUGUUUUAUCGACGAUAUUGAUUGUAUGGGAGAAGUUGAUGAGCGCAUUGUCGAAGAAAAUCAUUUUAACAUUCCAUGGAAGCUAGAAAUUCAACGAAGUGAAGAUUUUCUCACAAUCUAUUUGGUUUGUUCAAAGCCAAAUCAAAGUGAUCACUGGGAAGUGAAAACAGAGAUAACAGUACAAGUAUUAUCGAUAGACGGAACAUCGCAAACAAUGAAAAGCUAUCAUCGAUACAAAAAUGUGGAUAACCCAGAAGUUUAUAAUCAUUUUGGAUGGUACGAUUUUAUGACAUGGGAUAUGCUGGAAAAUAAUUUUGCAAUUAACGGAGAGGUGACGAUUCAAGCAAAUGUUCGAAUUCUGGAAAUGGUUGGAUUUAGAAAGGAAAAUUUGAAAGUGUUCGAUGAAUCGGUCAAGGAGUUCUCGGAUAUCGUGCUGGUUGUCAGAGAUCGGAAGUUUUAUACAUCGAAACUGUUCCUCGGAUUCCAAUCAUCAUAUUUCAAAUCUCUUCUUCUCGGAGAUUUCGCCGAGUCGAGACAAUCAGAAGUGGUUCUCAAAAAUAUCAAUCCGGACGAUUUUCAGAAUUUUCUGGAAUUAAUUCAUGGAGAAUCGCCGAUCGAUGGAGUCCUUCAUUUGGCAGUUCUUUACGAUUCGCCUACUGCAAUCAAGCGAUGCGAAGAAUUCUUGGUGAAAGAAUCAAAGAAGACGCUGAAAGUCAAGUUGGAACUCUCUACUCGUUACAAUUUGAAAGUUUUGAAGGAAAAAUGCAUGUCCGAGAUCAAAUCCAUCGACGAUAUUCGAUCAUUGGUUUCGGGCAAUAUCGACGAAAUGGACUCAUCGCUUUCUAAAGAAUUAUUCAAGAAAUGCAUUUCUAUGUUUUGA